AUGCCGAAGAAAAGUAGCCGCAAGCAAGAGAAGAAAGGAGAGCAAAAUGAGGAAAAAACGCCUUCACCGUCCAGCCAUGCUCGUUGUGGUUUUUCAACACCUGGAACACCUGACGAUGAUGAAACUGAAGAGAAAGAAUUCCGCCGUUUUAUGAAUGAUACUUUGACUAGAAUAGAGAAAAAACAAGACAAAAUAAGUGGAAACCUAACUCAGUUAACAAAGCGAGUACAAGAAUUAGAGGAUGGUAAACAUGAUUUUCAGACCUCAUUGGAGUAUUCGGAAACUAUAUUACGCGAGCUACAAGAUGAGAACUCAGUGUUCAAGAAUAUAAUUGAGGCGUUGGAAUCAAGGUAUGAAACUAUGAAACAACAAUUACAUGUCAUCAGUGAAGACCAGUUAAUGGGGGAAAGAUACUCCCGAAGUUAUAAUAUCAAAAUAGUCGGAAUCGAAGAGAAAGAGAAAGAAAAUGCACAUGAGGUGGCUGUCAAGUUUUUAGGAGACAAGUUUGUUAUUGCGGUGGAUGAAGUUGAAAAUGCACAUCGUACGGGCAAAAUUCGGUCGCAAAAACCCAGGCACAUUAUAGUGAAGCUUCACAAAAGACCGACAAAGAUAAACAUUAUGAAAACGCAGAAACAGAUACUUCAAGACUCUGCAACUUAUAUUAUUACUGAUUUGCCACGAGCUGAUGUGUUAGAAAAGAAAAGGCUAAAUCACGUUAUGAGACAAGCGUGGGAAAGUGGUAAAACUGUGGUGUUUAGAAACGGAAAACUGUACAUUAAGAAACAGUUAUUCAAAGGAUGA